AUGCGCGGUUGGAGAGGCUCCAGCCCGGGGUGCUCGAUGCGUCUUUGCGCGCGGUGAAGUGAACAGAGGAAGCGCCCUCUCGAGUUCUCCCUCCUCUUGCCCUUCUCUCCCGCCCCCUAAAAGGUGGGGGUUGCCGAGAUAGAGACGCUGCCCUGCACUCUCGCGUUGCGGUGGCUGGCCGCUGGAUCAUCCAGGCAGGGAUCUCUGCAAGGGGCGUGCCUGGUUUGCGCCCCCCACCCAUAUUGUGCGCCCGGGGCAACGGCUCCCUGGCACACACCACCCCUCUAUGCCUAUGUCUGUGCUGCAGCCUGGUAAACACGAUACUCUGAGAAAAAUUUGUCUCACCUCUGAUUAGAGGUGCGUGGGAGGUCACCUGGAGGCGGCAGUUGCUGCGGAUGCAGCAAUACCAUUGCAACACCACGCAGAGAUCUUGGAAGAAGGGAUCUAUUUUGGAGAAGUUGGGAAUCUGUACAAAACCGACAUUCCUUAAAUGGAGUUCCUCUGCAAUGCCAGCAGGGAGCGAGCCCAGAUACACUAUCGACACAAAAUUUGACAAUGUGACUGUGAGGAUUUAUCAGCCAAAGGGCCUAUCCACAGGACAGAGAGGAAUUAUCUACCUGUAUGGAGGAGCUGGCUUAUUCGGGAGCAUAAAAGGUUAUCGGAAGCUGUGCCGCUACUUUUCCAGAGAAAGUGAAUCAGUGCUUGUGUGUGUUGGGCAACGUUUGGCUCCUAAGCACCGCUGUCCUACACAAAUCAUGGACUGCAUCACCGCCACUGAAUACUUUUUGAAAAAUGCAAGUGAUUAUGGGGUAGACCCUAAUCGUAUUGUCAUUGCUGGUGACAGCACUGGGGCUGGAAUUGUUCCCCUUGUCUAUCAACAUCUGUUAACGAGAAAGGAUCUCCCAAAGGUCAGAGCCCAGAUCCUGCUCUACCCAAAUAUUCAAACACUGGACUACAACGUGCCAUCUUAUCAGCAAAACCGAAAUGUCCCCCUCCUGUUCACAAAAUGGUCUGCCGAAUUUGAACUCAGGUUUAUGAAUGUGAAGCUAGCAUAUUUGGAUCAAUUCCUGAAGGGGGCCCAUGUUUCCGAAGAAAUGAAGAUGAAAUACAAGAAAUGGAUCCAUGCAGAUCAUAUCCCGGAUGAGUUUAAAGUCAGGGGCUACAAACCACCUCCGCCAGUCCCGUUUUCAAAGGAGCUGCAUGAAAUGAUGAAGCUUUCUUUGGAUCCCAAGCACUGUGCUCUUCUAGUGGAAGAUGACAUUGUGCGUCAGCUCCCUGAGACGUUUAUGUUAACCUGCGAGUAUGAUGUGCUUAGGGAUGAUGGACUGCUAUACAAAAAACGGUUGGAGGACAACGGUGUGCCCGUAACUUGGCACCAUGCAAAGGAAGGGUUCCAUGGGAUUGUAAGUUCAGUUGAUUGGUUCUUUGAAUGGCCAUGUGGAAGGGUGGCAGCAGAGCAUGUAACAAGCUUCAUAAAACGAUUCUGAUCAAAGAUCUGUUCUCUAUCCCUCAUAAAGACCUUUCAUUUUACUGCAUGCAGUGCACUCGAAGAAAAUGUUAUGAAAAUGAUAUACAGAUUGUAUUUAACACCAGCUAAAUUGGCUAAAAUGUACAAGACAAGAACUAACGAGUGCUGGAAAUGUAAGGGAAGGGAAGGUAUCUUUUACUACAUGUGGUGGAGGUAAAGGCUUUCUGGGAAAUGGCAUAUAAUGAGUUAAAGAAAAUGUUUAAAAAUACUUUUUGUUAAAAAAAACCCAGAAGCCUUUUUUACUGGGUGUAGUGGGUGAAGAGAUACUAAGGGAAGAUAAAAGACUGUUUAUGUAUGCAACAACUGCGGCAAGAAUUCUUUUAGCCCCAAAAAUGGAAACAGCAAGAAGUACCAAUGAAAAAAGUGUGGCAGAUGAGGAUGAUGGACUUUGCAGAACUGGCGAAGCUGACAGGAAAAAUCCAAAACCAGCACGAUCAAGUAUUCCAAAAUAAAUUUAUACGAUAUUUGAAAGAUUAUUGUGAGCAAUUAACAUCCCUAGCAGGGUUGUCCGAUGACCCGAAGUGAGAAAUUUUCUACCUUUCUAUUUUUAUUUAAAUUUUGAGGCAUUCUGUAAUAAGUCUAAUUAGAAUUAGAAUUGAAAAACUUAUAAAUAGCAGUGAUAUAAAGGUUAAUUUCGAAAGCCAUGAGGCGGGAGGAAAAGAAAUCGAGGCUUAGGG